AUGCACAAGAAGACUAUUGCUUCUUUCAUCAUUUUUUCUAGGUGGUGGAGCUAGAGGUUGUGCUGCCGCAGAAAAUUGUCAAGUUUGGGCGGUGCACAACCGAAAGCAACACCAUGUCUAACUCUAAUCAUAAUUCUGGAGAAGGAAUUUAUAUAACCACCGCCAUCGCCGUUGACAAGGACAAGAAUAGCCCUCAUGCUGUUCGAUGGGCCGUCGAUAAUCAGUUGAAGAAGAAUGCCUCUGUCUUUCUUGUUCAUGUCCAGACGCAUGUUUCACAUCCGACAGAUGAUGUCUCUAAAGAUGGCCGGGCACCCACAGAGGCUGAAAUGCAGCAGAUCUUCCUCCCGUAUCGUGGUUUUUGUGCUCGAAAAGGGAUUAGAGGGACAGAGAUCGUCGUGACGGACACUGAUGUUACAAAUGCACUGGUAGAUUUUGUUGUAAGAAAUAGCAUCAGCACUCUCGUUGUUGGCGGUUCCAACCGCAGUGCUCUGACAAGGGCAUUUAGAAAUCCAGAUGUGCCAACUUGCUUAGGAAAAAUUGCACCAGAUUUCUGCUCAGUGCAUGCUGUAUCCAAAGGAGGAAGAGUUCAGAACAUUAAAACAGCCACUCGGGCUGCCAGACCUCCCACGAGCUCCAAGCCAUUGUCUCAAUCAGGAUAUUCAUCAGACAGCAGUAGCUCUUUUAGCCAGUCGAGCUGGAAAAGCGGAUCAGAAAAAACAUCAUUUGAUAAAAGCAGCAGCGACGGUAGUUCGUACACAAACAAGAGCAAUGAUUUUAAUAUGAUGCAUCCGCUAGACAGGCACUCAGGCAGCAAAUCACCAUUCCCACCUUCAGUGAGCAAUCUCAACUACAUGGUUCGCACCAAGCAAAUGGGUAGUCCCAACAUCUCAUUUGACAGCAGUGAGUAUUCCGGGCUAUCUAGCUUCCAAUCAGCCGACUUUUCCAUGGACAAUUCAGACCGAUCCCUGACAUCAGGAACUUCCAAGACAAAUAGCUAUUCUUCCUCUCCGUUAGGAGAAGAAAUAGAAAACGAGAUGAAGAGAUUAAAACAAGAAUUGAAGCAAACCAUGGAAAUGUACAACUCGGCGUACAAUGAGAGUAUGACUGCAAAACAAAAGGUGAGAGAGAUUGAUGAAUGGAAGUCAACGGAGACUCGUAUGAUAGCACAAAAAAAGCGAUCUGAAGAAGAUGCAUUAGUUCUUAUGGAGAUGGAGAAGCGAAAAUGCAGGGCAGCCAUGGAAGCGGCUCAAAAGGCUCACCGUCUAGCAGAAUUGGAGACUCAGAAACGAAUCACUGCAGAACGUUUGGCUGCGUAUGAGGCAGAAGAAAUGAAAAAAGCAAUGGAUGCAUUGACUCGAAGUGGUGUACGCUAUAGAACUUAUACUAUUGAAGAAAUCGAAGAAGCCACCAACAGGUUCUCUGAGUCGGCAAAGAUUGGCGAAGGAGGAUAUGGACCUGUUUUCAAAGGUUACCUCGAUCACACUGCAGUUGCCAUUAAGGUCUUAAAGCCAGACAUUGCUCAAGGAAAAGAGCAAUUUCAAAAGGAGAUUGAAGUGUUGAGCUGCAUGAGACAUCCAAACAUGGUUCUUCUACUAGGAGCCUGCCCCGAGUACGGAUGCCUUGUGUACGAAUACAUGGAAAAUGGUAGCUUAGAAGAUCGUCUAUUUAGAAAGCACAACACUCCUCCAAUCUCUUGGAGAACCCGUUUCAAGAUUGCUGCAGAAAUUGCCACCGCCCUCCUCUUCCUUCACCAGUCAAAACCAGAGCCCCUCGUGCAUCGGGAUCUUAAACCUGCCAACAUUCUCUUAGACAGGAAUUACGUGAGCAAGAUUAGUGAUGUUGGCUUAGCAAGGAUGGUUCCACCAUCUGUGGCCGAUAGCGUUACCCAAUAUCAUAUGACAGCAGCUGCUGGAACAUUUUGCUACAUUGAUCCAGAGUACCAGCAAACUGGAAUGUUAGGCACAAAAUCAGAUCUCUACUCAUUAGGUGUGAUGCUAUUGCAGCUUAUAACAGGAAAGCCUCCAAUGGGUAUUACUGGCCAGGUCUCAAGCGCGAUUGAGAAAGGAGACAUAUCACAAGUGCUUGAUCCAUCAGUUCCUGACUGGCCUGUCAAAGAGGCGACAGCAUUUGCAAACUUGUGUCUACAAUGCUGCGAGCUGAGGAGGAAGGACAGACCAGACCUAGCUAAGGUCAUUCUGCCCGAACUGGAUCGACUAAGAGAAUUUGCCUGUUCUGAUGAUGAAUACUAGAGACAGCUCAAGUUAACAGCCUACUUCAAGCUUUUGAGGAAACUGGAAUAGUCAGUCUGUUUAGAGCCACAUUCUGGGAACCAGACUUCACUCGCAUAUACCUCUCUCUAGUCUGCAUUUUUUGCGAGAAUUUUGGGUUGCAAUCAGCUCCAUUGUCUUCAUUAGCGUCGACUCACCUCCACUCAUAAAACCUGAUUGUAACAUCCUCAUUCAGUCCCAUCUGCUAGGCCAAUAGUAUGUUUGGGUACAUGUAUGCAGAGGUUAUAUCCAUCCUACUCCAAGAAAUAUAUAGUUUAUAUUUUUGAUAUAUUUAUCUCUUU